ACUUUCGCGAAACAAAGGUGGGCGCCACAUGUCGUACUGUGAAACUCAGGCGUAAACUUAAAUCGACAUCGGAUAUCGUUCCGACAUUUCAUCCAACCAGAUUUCUCUGGGAGCAAGUCAAGUCGUAGUCGUGGGUAAAAGAAUAAAGGUUUAGACUUGCAGCACAAACUAUACGCCUAGGACUCUCAGUAUUCGGCCGGCCAGGCUCGUAUGUCGCCAGUCGUUGGAGGCUGUUGAUUGCCGAAUCGAGCCCUGACAUGCCAACGACCUAGCGCGUCGACGCGUCUCUCGGUUCCGACCAGUCACCUUGUGUCAGUCUCCAAGUCUUAAUUGAGGCCGAAAGUUUUCUCCCUUGCAAUGGCUGCUGUGCCUCCAUUUCUUCACGGUCCGGGCAUGACUCCAGAGGUAUUCAAAUGCCUCGAGGUCUGGUGGGCAUCGAAAUACAAAGACGGGCACGAUGCGUCUAUCAAAGACUUUGAGCAACUCAAGGUCGCCUACGGUUUCCAGGCGAACAGCCUGAAGUCUUGCCAAGCAAAUAACGCACGCCUCAACUCAGCGAUCGCUACUUUGCAGGCGGAAGCUAAACUGUUGAAGAAACAAAAUGAACUUCUGCAAGGGAGCAUUCACCAGGCUAAAUGGCACGAACAGCAGGCAAGAGGCGAGGUUCUAGCGUUGAAAAAAGAUAAGCAAGAUCUCGUGGAACGCUUGGCUGCAAUAGAGAAGAAAACGACCGGCCUAUCAAAACAAAUCGACACCUUCCGAGUCCAGGCGAAGGCCCUUGCGGCGCAAGCUCACCAACGCCGACUCGAAAUUGUGUCUCUGGCGUUCGGAACAACAUGUUUCGUCGAAGAUUCCUUCGUGCCCACUCGUGUGGUAUUCAAAGAACCUGCAGAAAUAAUGUCUACCCUACCUUCUGAACCCGCAGAGUCUCUGCAUAUAUUAUUCCUUCCUGGCCUUCCUCAAUCUAUGCCUCUGCACAUCCCCAGGGUAGCUCAGGCAGGAUACUGGUUUCACCCCCCCGUUACGUUGCCCAAAGGAACACCCGUAGAACUGGUCGUGGAGGCAGAAUCUCAUGAGUGGCUAUAUCUGGGUCGCUACCUCAGUGCACCCUUUGAUGGCGAGGAAAUGAAGCUAUCCGAAUGGAUCGAAUUAGAUGCUCAGACUAAAAAGACCUAUUGCGUCACCAUCAGUCAGACUCUGAAGGAACAAAACGAUCAACAAGUCUCGUGUGUCGACAUACACCGACAGCUAGAUUCGGGGGAGUACGCUGCUCCUUGUUAUAGCUUACAAUGUGUUGGAUACGACUUGGCGUUGCAAGACGCUUUCAUUAAAGCGUCAACUUCGCUUCGUAACCAAUCAUUGGCUAUAGAGCACGAUUCUUCUCCAACCAGUUCAAAUCCUCCUCCUCCUCAGAUUCCGCUGUCCACGAGAAGCACAGUGAUACCAGAGCAUUGCAGCCUGCAUGCUCCUGUACCAUCUAUGACCAUGGGCCCAUUCAUGUCAAGAUUCAUGUCAAGGUGGCGCGUCAAUCUGGAUAAUGCGGGACGAAGCCGUCCCACAGGGCCUCUUUCUCAGAAAAAGCGCUGCCAUUUGGAUGAUGAGGCAAGUGCGACGAAGAAGGCGCGAGUAGAUGAUCCACUAGCCGCCGACGGUCGAGGAAAAGAAACGUAGGUCUCUUCAAUGGGUAGGACUUUUCUCUUCCACUUUGGUCGGCAACGAUGUCGUU